CAUGGGAGUUGUAGGCCGCAGUGAGCGGGUUGCGUACGACCGGGUCGAGCCUUACGCUGUGGCCAGAGCCCCAGAAUCUCUUUUCGGAGCUGCUGCUCCUCUCCGUUCGGGAUCUGGGGGCCAAGGUGGCGGGACGAUGCGAAAUGGCGGGCCGUUGGGGCGAGCCGGGCUGGCGCUACUCCUCAUGGCUGCCGGGGCGGGAGCGAGGCCGCCGCCCGCCGUCCCUGGGGAUCAGCCCCGAUGUAACGUGGUGCUGGUGGCUUGCGACUCCUUGGAUGGACGCUUGACAUUUUUUCCAGGAAAUCAGACUGUGGAUUUACCUUCCAUAAAUUUUAUGAAAAGGCAUGGCACUGUCUUUCUCAAUGCCUACACCAAUUCUCCAAUUUGUUGUCCUUCCCGCGCAGCUAUGUGGAGUGGUCUUUUCACUCAUUUAACAGAAUCUUGGAAUAACUUCAAAGGUCUAGAUCCAGAUUAUGUAACAUGGAUGGAUCUCAUGGAGAAGCAUGGCUACCGUGCGCAGAAGUUUGGGAAACUGGACUUUACUUCUGGACAUCAUUCAGUUAGUAACCGUGUGGAAGCUUGGACUAGGGAUGUUAACUUCCUGCUCCGACAAGAAGGAAGACCCAUGGUAAAACUUACAGGCCACAGGAAGCAGUUUAGAGUGAUGGAAACAGAUUGGCGGACUACUGAUAAAGCAGUAAAUUGGAUAAAGGAAGAAGCUGUUAAUUUUACUCAACCAUUUGUUCUUUACUUGGGACUAAAUUUACCACACCCAUAUCCAUCGCCCUAUGCAGGAGAAAAUUUUGGAUCCUCUACAUUUUUAACAUCUCCCUAUUGGCUUGAAAAGGUAAAUUAUGAAGCUAUUAAAAUACCCAAGUGGUCUUCUCUUUCAGAGAUGCAUCCAGUAGACUAUUACUCAUCGUACACCAAGAAUUGCACAGGAGAGUUUACAAAGGAAGAAGUGAGAAAUAUUAGAGCAUUUUAUUAUGCUAUGUGUGCAGAGACAGAUGCAAUGCUGGGUGAGAUUAUUUCAGCUCUGCGAGAUACUGGACUUCUUGGAAAAACAAUCAUUAUAUUCACUGCAGAUCAUGGAGAACUUGCUAUGGAACACCGUCAGUUUUAUAAAAUGAGCAUGUAUGAGGGAAGUUCCCAUGUUCCUCUUUUAGUUAUGGGCCCAGGUGUAAGAGAACAGCAGCAAAUACCAAAUGUAGUAUCUCUUGUGGAUGUAUAUCCUACUAUGCUUGAUAUAGCAAGAAUUCCUGUCCCACAGAACCUCAGUGGAUAUUCUCUUAUACCGCUGCUACAUGAAAAAGCUGAGAGUGAAGCACCACCCAGAGGACGUCGACCCUCCUGGGUACUGAGUGAAUUCCACGGGUGCAAUGUGAAUUCCUCUGUGUAUAUGCUGAGAACUGGCAAGUGGAAAUACGUCACAUACUCAGAUGGCUCUUCAGUACUGCCCCAACUCUUUGACCUUACUGCUGAUCCAGAUGAGCUUACAAAUGUUGCCAUAAAAUUCCCAAUGACUGUAAACUCCUUGGACAAAAUACUUCGCUCUAUAGUAAACUAUCCAAAGAUUUCUUCUUCUGUUCAGGAGUAUAACAAACAACAGUUUAUCAGCUGGAAACAAAGUUUGGGUCACAAUUACUCAAGUGUUAUUGCAAACCUUAGAUGGCAUCAAGACUGGUUAAAGGACCAAAAAAAGUAUGAGAAUGCAAUUGACAAGUGGCUUGGUAAGUAGAUACAGACAACAUUGAUUUCAUUUGAAUGAGGAUAUAUUAAUAUUAUGUAUUUGUAAUAUUAUGCUGUAUUUCAAGUUUUAAAAUUAUUUUACUAUAUAAUGUAUUGAAAGUAAAGAUUCCUGAACUAUUACUGCUUUAUGUCAGAAAGCCAAGAGCACCACAACAAAACUAGAGUUCUAAAUGUUACUGUUCUGUAAGUGUAAGUGUAUAUAGAAAGGGUAGUAUGCAAAUACUAAUUGUGUGUAUGGAAUAUUUAGCUGAUUGCAGAAGUACAGAGUAUUAAGCAUUUGAACUCAACAGGAACUUCCAUUUAUAAGGAAAAGCAAGAAUUAGAAAAUCUAGUGGAGUAAAGUACCAGUUACAGUGCAAUUUGCUGUGUGUAUUAUAAGUCUAGAUUGAAUACACAUUCAUCCACUUUAGAGAAUCUAUAGCAGUUAAAAUAUAAUUAAAAACUGGUACAGGUAACCAGUACAGGUUGGAACAUAGAAUUGGUUUAUGCAAGUACUGAACUAUAUCAGCAUUCCUGUGUUACAUGUGAUUAACUCCCCAUGUUUUCAAGGUCUGCCUGCUAAUUUCUUCCUUCUGGAUCUGGUACUUACCACUCCCCGCUGUUUAAAAUUCCAUAAUAUGCAUAGGCUCGUAACUGAACAUACGUACAAGUGAAGGAGAAUCUGAUCUCUGGUUAUCAUCAUAAAUUUAAAAAAACCCAAAACAACAACAAAAAACAAACACAAAAAAAAUCCUCUUGACAAACCUAUGAGUAGAGAAAUUCUCUGGAAAAUGAUAGUGUGAUUUGCAUAACAUAAAGUAAAAACUGCUUGAAUGCAGUUGGAUUCUGCAUGUAAAUGCUUUAAUGCACAUCAGUGAGUGGAGAACUGAAACCUAAAAUAUACACAGAGGAGACACAGUUGAAGUUUGCAGGAAGAGUUAAGACAAAUACUAUUUCCCAUUUUUUCAGUGACCUGCUAAAAAAAGUGUAGUUUUGGACGUAAGAUUUAGGUAACAACUCUUCCACUUAAGGGUAUAUGUAAUUACAGUAGUGCUUAGGUUUGCUAAUUCCCAGUCACCAUCAUUGCUGCUAUAGUACCAGUUCGGAAUUACAUUAUACUUCAUACAUAAAAUGUUCUCUUAAAUCCAUUAUUAAAUGCUCAGUAGUAGCAGCAAGCCAGUAAAAAUAAACAUAAAAAUGAGACAUAUUUUCUGAUGGCUACACACUUACUUCAUGAGCAACUUGCCAUGCAGACUUAAAAAAUCUUGAAACCCAGUAGCACAUGCCAUUAUAAUUCUUAUUAAAAUGAGUUCAGGUACAGUUGAAAUUGCUUAAACAAAAUAAAUGGGCUGUAUAAUCAGAUUAAGUAUUUAUAUACAUAUGAAAGUUUGUUCAGGAGAAAAAAGAGUAAAGAAAUUCCCUCACUUUCCAGAGGUCUGGACGGAAUGCAGUAUAUUGUCCAAAAUGGAAUAAAAUAAAAUUACGGUGAACUGGAUUUGUUUUGUAUGUGUGCUUUUUAAUGACUGAAUGUUUAAAAUGUAGGGAAAUUGUAUUUUGUCAGUUCUGU